AUGACAAAUAAUAAAUACAAAAGUGCUCGAAAGCAAAAGAUUACGAGGAAGACGAAGUCAACAAUCAGGGAGCCAGCGUCGAAUGAUGAUGCCGAUUCGUCUAGCACGGCUAAUAAUGAUACCAAUACAUUGUCCAUGUUUGGUCUGGGAACAUCCGUAUUACCACCAACAGGUAGUCUCAUGUCGUCAAUUUUUGGAAAGAAUAGUGGACCACAAUCAUCAUCAAAGCCAGCAGCAACGAUGACGAAGACUAGUAUUGGAUCUGACCCACCCCAAGCCAACAAGCAACAAAGCACGAGCCUCAUGUCUUCCAUUUUUGGAAAUGGAGACAAUAAUGAUAAUAACGAGUCGGAAAAAUCAUCCAUACCGCGAGAAGAAGAUCAUCCGUCGCCUCCGUCGAAAAGAAAGAGAAAAAAGAAGGACGACAAUCGCAAGAAUGAUACUAAUGACGACGCUGUGAAAGCUAAUACAACAGGUAUUGAUUUAUUCUCGAGCAGUGCAUCCUUUCAACAAGUUUCGCAAAAACGUCAAGAGGAAAUUCGAAAGAAGCAACGAAAAAUUAUGCAAAAGCAAGUGAAUCAAAGCAGGGGUAUCGUAUCAUUAUCACCAAAUGCCGUUCUAGAGCGCCGUCGCAAGAGGACUGCCACCACAGGUGACCUCGUUACAUCCGUAACGGUAGACGUCCAACAAUAUUGCGAGCCGUCAAAGAGUAGCGAGGAUAGUGAAGAAGAUUAUGAUGAUGACAUGGAAGGUGUAGCACGAUUGCUUGUUGGACGUUCCAGUGCGCUCUUUCGUCAGCAAGGAGUCAUCAUUCUCCAAUCCUUGUUGUCGCAGACUUCCAAGGCAACAACCAAGAAGAAUAAAAAGUCAAAGAGUUCGGCUUCUUCCUUGAUGAAACAAAUGCAAUCCAAGGCUCGGGACGUCGAGUUCCAGGUAUGCCAGCGUCUCAAUGAGAAAUUGGGAGAAGACUCGUAUCGACCAAAAUCAUCAUCAUCAUCAUCCCAACCGAAUGAGUUGAUAGCCAAGAAGAAGGAUAGGAGCUUUCGAUUUGUCGAAGUAGCAUCCAGGUGUUUGGGUCGUUUGGAUAUUCGAUACGGCAUGGAUGAGACACCAUUUACCAAUUUGCAUCUUCCUCCAUCUUCGCUACCACAGGACAGUACCAGUAGCAGCUCAAAUGGAAUGCAUGACAACAAUGUCGUCAAGCUCUUGUGGCCAUUGGUACAGGAUUUGCUAGGAAAAGAUGCAGAAUUGGUGUACACCGGAUUGAUACCUUCUUUUCCAGGAUCGGAAGACCAACCUUGGCAUCAGGAUGGAACUACCUUGUUCCCGGAUAUGCCCUCGGACCUAACCAACAUCCUUCCUCCUUAUGCCCUCAAUGUAUUCAUUCCCUUGUUGGAUGUCACGGAAGAAUUGGGGCCCACCGAGUUUUGGCUGGGUAGUCAUGCCACGGAUCAAGCCCAAGACUUUCUCUCACAGCAACAAGGACUCGGCCGAGAUCCAGAUGAUGAUGAUGAUGAGAAUAAUGAUGAUUCCGACACUAAGCCCCAAAUCAUUGGACCCCUACUGUCGGUGGGCGAUGCGUUGAUUUAUGACUACCGGAUUUGCCACCGUGGAACGAGCAACUUGUCCAAGACCAAGACCACUCGCCCCAUGCUGUAUCUCAUGUUUGCAAGGCCGUGGUUCAAAGAGCACUUGAAUUUUGGCAAUGAGCAUUUGUUUGAUUGCAAAUAG